AUGUGUCUCAUAGACCUGGUACCUCUCAUGCGCCUCAUAGACCUGGUACCUCCCAUGUGCCUCAUAGGUCUACUACCUCCCAUGUGCCUCAUAGACCUGCUACUUCCCAUGUGCUACAUAGAACUGGUACCUCCCAUGUGCCUCAUAGACCUGAUACCUCCCAUGUGCCUCAUAGACCUGGUACUUCUCAUGUGCCUUAUAGACUUGGUAUCUCCCAUGUGGCUCAUAGACCUGGUACCUCCCAUGUGUCUCAUAGACUUGGUACCUCCCAUGUGUCUCAUAGACUUGGUACCUCCCAUGUGUCUCAUAGACCUGAUACCUCCCAUGUGGCUCAUAGACCUGGUACCUCCCAUGUGUCUCAUAGACCUACUACCUCCCAUGUGCCUCAUAGACCUGGUACCUCCCAUGUGCCUCAUAGACCUACUUCCUCCCAUGUGUCUCAUAGACCUGGUACCUCCCAUGUGCCUCAUAGACCUGGUGCCUCAUAGACCUGGUGCCUCCCAUGUGCCUCAUAGACCUGCUACCUCCCAUGUGCCUCAUAGACCUGCUACUUCCCAUGUGCUACAUAGACCUGGUACCUCCCAUGUGCCUCACAGUCCUGGUACCUCCCAUGUGCCUCAUAGACCUGGUACUUCUCAUGUGCCUCAUAGACUUGGUACCUCUCAUGUGGCUCAUUGA